AUGGCUGGAGUGAUAAAGAAGUUUUUCAUCACCUCGAUGCUUAUGUGGAUGGCUCCUGUGGCAAUCCUCUAUGCUUUUAACCAUGACUUGAUACCUGGUGUAAACAGUUUGUCUCCCCAUUCCUUAACACUGGUUAGUGGAUUUGUCGCUGUCAUUUCCGUCAAUGUAGUUAUCGCAUUCUACAUUUAUAUGGCAAUUAAGGAACCUUCAGAUAAGCAUGAGCCUGAUCCAGCAUUCCUUGCUGAGGCCAAAUCUAGUGUAAACCAGUCUGCGGGAAAAGUUGGGGAUUCCUCCCAGUCGCUAAAGAAAGAAGAUUAG